AUGGUCUCAGAUGAAUCGAACGAGUCCUACUUCACGGAUGAUGAAGCGACGAUGAACAUGUCCUUCCAGACUGCGAUGAAAGAAGCUGACCGUGCUGAAGUCAGUGACCUUAACGAGAGUAUGUCCGAAGAAACAGCGGAAAGGUCACGACACUUAGCCGAAUUGAAGGAUGAAUGUGACUUACUUAAACUAAAGGUCACCGAAGCGGAAACGAAACGAGAUGAAUACGCAACCAAACUCGUCGACGCGACCCAACGAUUGUUGACAAACACCAACGAAGUGUUUAAGCUGAGAAAUGAAUUGAAGUUACGGGACGAGAACAUUGGAACCCUUCAGAAAGAAUCACAAGAUCAUCAGAAGAGAGCCGAUGACGCUGUCAAAGUGGCUAAGGACCUGAGGGAGCUCACAGCCACUGAAGGUGUGCGGUUGAAGAACGAAAUUAAGCAGGUGAUGGAAGAGAACAAGUCGUUGAAAGAAGAUGUUCGAAAGGUCACCGAAGAGAAUACCGAGUUGAGAAAUACCGCUAAGACAAUUGCCGAGCAAGGCAUGAGGUGGGAACACGAGGCACACCUCCUGGAUGAAAAGGUCACGGUACUUGAAUUGAAAGAUAAAGAGUGGCAACAAACGGUCCAUCAGAAGACACAGGAGAUUAUCAGACUGAAUACGGAGCUGAUUGAUAUGACACAAACGGCGAUGACAAGAGAAGAUGAGGUCACCGUGACGAAAAAUCAGCUGAAAGCAGCAGCCGAAGAAUACAUGACGCUGGAAAGGGAUGUGACCCAAUGA